GCCCCGCCUCCCCCGCCCCCUCCAGGCUUCCGUUCUGUUCUCUCUGCUCUGUCCUUCCAACUGCCAUCUGGAACAACACCUCUUCUUCUCCUCCCCACUGCACCAAACUUUCUCUUUCUUCUUCUCUCCCUUCUCUGGCUCGCUCUACUUUCUUCCCUCCCUAUUCCUAUCUUCCUCACGUCCUGCCCACAAUGUCUUACCAACAAUGAGACCUGAGACACUUCAUGCCUUUCCCACGUGGCUUUAAAAGUGGCCCACCCACCUUCCCCCUCACUUCCUGACCCAUCCUAAAUCUCAGUUGGCUUCCAGGUGUCACACCCACAGGGCUGUCUUUUUCCCACUCUUUCCAUUCCUUGGUGAUUUCACAACAAGUGCUUUGGGGACAGACACCAUGUCAAGUUCAGACCACCGCAGGUCACGUUUGAAUGCUUCUGGCUCCAACAUGUCAGGCUUUAGCCCAUCUUCCAGAGUUUCCUUUGUGCUGAAUACCUCAGCAGAGUCAGACCCAUCAAUUGAGGACACACGUAAAGUUUCCUUUCUUUUAGAUGCCUCAACAGAUCGACACCAUAGCUCCAACACCUUAUUUGCUUUUAAUACUACUGGGCCUAGAGCCAUAGAUCCCUUAGAGAUGAACACUAUAAGCAGACAUUCAAGAGAGUCCUUCAGAACUCCCAAACAAGAGCAUGAUAAUGCCAGUUCCUCUUUUGUGUCUUUUGCCAUCUCACAUUCAUCUGGGGCACAAGGUUCCAGGGAGUUUCAGAUCACUCCCAAGUCAAGGACAAAUAUUACAAGCUCAUUUGCAUCCUUUUCUAAGACAGGUUUAGAUUCUGACAAAAAGGAGAGGGAAAUGGCCUUUGUUCACCGACUAGCACCUCGCCGUGCUUCUUCUAAAGUUUCUCCUGUUUCUGACCAGAUCCAGAAGCGUAUAGAGGGUUUUUACCUAUCCAAGGAGAAACUUCUGCAAGUGAAGGAUGCCAUGUUAGCUGCCAUGGAGAGGUGCCUAAAGCAGAAGGUUAAAGAAGGCAACUCUUUACUCAUGUUACCUACUUAUGUUUGUGCAAUGCCUGAUGACACUGAAAGAGGGGAUUUCCUUGGCCUUGAGCUGUACUACAACCAGGCCAAGGUCCUUUUGUUGCAGCUGACAGAUAACUUGGAGGAGCCAGAGAUACUGAAGAAAAAGUCUUUCCCUCUUCCUGAGAAGGUUAUGAGUGGCAAUGGGGAGCAGGUUUUUGAAUUCCUGGCUCAAUGCCUGGCUACGUUUUUGAGUGGACUUAACAUCAACACAAAGUUUUUCCCACUGGGUUUUUCCUUUCCUUUCCCUUGUGAACAUACCUCACUGAGCCAGUGUAAACUGAUCAGAUGGAGUAUGAAUUGCCGCUGGCCAGGCAUGGAGGAACAUGAUGUGGCGCAAAUGCUCCAGAUAGCCAUUAACCAAUACUGCAAGGACUACCAAAUAGAGGUCCUUGCUAUAGUGAAUAAUACUGUGGGGAUCUUGCUGAGUUGCAGUUCUGAAACAGAGCCUUGUGACAUUGGGCUACUUCUAGAUUUUGGCACUAACUGCUGCUACAUGGAGGAGACACAGCGCAUAGUCGGCAUGGGUGAUGAUGCAGGGCGCAUGUGUCUGAAUGUGGAAUGGGGAUCUUUUGGGAAUUCUGCUGAGAUGGAUGACCUAUUGACAGAGUUUGACCUGAUAAUGGAUAAGCAGUCUACAGAUCAAGGCAAACACAGAUUUGAGAAGUUGGUUGGCAGCAAGCACCUCUGUGAACUUGUCCGCGUGACUUUGGCCAACUUGGCUGAGAAGGGCGAGCUUUUCAAUGGGGUCUUGACUCCUACCCUGCUGACCAAGGGAAACCUGGAGCUUCAAGACAUUGUGGAGAUCAUUGAUGACAAAGUGGGCCUGGCCAAAGCCAAGAACUUUCUUUUGCGCCUUGGACUGGUGGCAAGCAAUCAAGACUGUUUCCAAGUGCAGCAAAUAUGCCAAGCUGUAUUUACCCGAUCCGCCAACCUCUGUGCUGCUGGACUGGCUGGUCUCCUUACCCAUAUCCGUACCGUUCAAGGGCUGUCAACGCUGAAGACCUUUGUGGCUGUGGAUGGGGAACUGUUCGAGAGUCAGACACAAUAUCGUGAAAUCCUGCAGCAGAUCUUGAAAUCGCUGGUUCCUGAAUGUACUGUCCACUUUGUCCUGUCGGAAAAUGGCAGUGGCUAUGGGGCUGCCUUAGCAGCAGCUGUAGCCAUGCGACUUAGAGGCCAGCAGAAGGGGAUGGCCCAGAUCCUGGCACCUUUUCAACUUUCUAUGGUGGACCUGGAAAGACUACAGAGCUUGAUGAGGCAGGAGAUGGAGAAGGGCCUGGGGAAGGAGACACACGACACAUCCAUUGUCCGCAUGUUGCCCACUUAUGUGCGCCAUUUGCCUGAUGGCACCGAGAGAGGUGACUUCCUGGCACUGGAUCUGGGUGGAACCAAUUUCCGAGUGCUGCUGGUGCAGGUGCAAAGCAAAGAGGAAGGCGGUGUGCACAUGACCAGUGAAAUUUACACUGUUCCACUAGAAAUAGCCCAGAGCGAUGCAGAAAAGCUCUUUGGCCACAUUGUUAGCUGCAUGGUGGAUUUCCACAACAAGCACAACAUCUUGGGGCGAGGACUGCCACUCGGUUUCACUUUUUCCUUUCCCUGUCAUCAGGUCAGCCUGGACAAGGGCAUCUUGCUGAGAUGGACAAAAGGAUUCAGUGCUGAAGGUUGUGUGGGAGAAGAUGCAGUGGCUUUGCUGAAGGAGGCAAUGCAGCGGACACCGGAUGUUGAUAUAGAUGUGGUUGCCAUAGUGAAUGACACUGUAGGAACCAUGAUGUCAUGUGCCUAUGGGGACCCCAAAUGCGAGGUCGGCCUUAUUGUUGGAACGGGUUGCAAUGCUUGCUACAUGGAGGAGAUGCGAAACAUUGGCACUGUGGAGGGUGACGAGGGAAGAAUGUGUGUCAAUAUGGAAUGGGGAGCAUUUGGAGACGAUGGUUGUCUUGAACAUUACAUGACAUCUUUUGACAAAAAAGUGGAUGCACACUCCAUCAAUGCUGGCCAGCAGAGGUAUGAGAAGCUUAUCAGUGGCAUGUAUUUGGGAGAGAUAGUACGCUACAUUCUCCUGGAACUAGCAUCUCACAAUAUUAUAUUUAAGGGUCGAGAAUCAUCUAUACUAAACACCAAAGAUAUCUUUCCCACUAAAUUCCUAUCAAGUGUUGAGGACAGUGAAGGCCACCAAAACGUGUGUAGUGCUCUGGAAGAACUCGGGUUGUCUGUGUCUCCUGAGGAUGCACUCAUGGUGCAAGAAGUGUGCCACACCGUCUCUGCACGUGCUGCUAAGGUGUGUGCAGCUGGAGUGGCUGCUGUUGUGGAAAAGAUCAGAGAGAAUAAGCGCAUGGCAAAGCUGGAGGUGACCGUUGGAGUGGAUGGGACACUCUAUAAGAUGCAUAAAUACUUUUCAAAGAAGCUUCAUGACACUGUGGCACAACUAGCUCCAAACUGUACUGUCAAAUUCUUGUUGUCUGAAGAUGGCUCCGGGAAAGGAGCUGCCCUGAUAGCUGCUGUAGCUGCCCACACAUAAGAUACAUACCUGUUUGACUUGUAUAAAUGUCUCUCAGUAAGCAGGACACUGGAUUGUUCUCUGCCACAUACUGAGAACUUUGAUCAGCACUUUGAUCAGCACAUGCAAUUUCACCCUUCUUUGAGACAGUUGUGGCAAAGCUGGAGAAAAGACAAGUUAUGAUAGCUGUAGUGUUUUGUCUUUGCAACUCUUUUCUCUUGAGAUCUCUGAUUCACAAUUAAGUACGGAAGUGAGAUAAGGAAAUAAAGCAAAUUCUGCCAUGA